AUGAGUAAUAUUCCGGAUAUAACGUCCUUAUCUGACUUAUUAGGAACGUCACCUCGAGAGCCAUCGAGGGAUAUACAGAAUUCUUUGCAACUUGAUGUUGCUGAAAUAGUACCAUACCAUCAGGACCAAGAACAAGAGCAGGAGGAAGAACAAGAACAAGAGCCAAAUGAUGAGUCAGAUUAUUCAGAUCAUAACCGUAUAGAGAAUUUUGAAGAGCUACUAAGCAGACAGAAUAUGAAACUAAGUCUAGUUAACGAGAGAGAUUCCUUGUUGAGAGAGAGAACGCACCUCAAAACAAAGAUUGAUGAGCUCGUUGUGAAAGUGCAAUACAUGAAGGAUAUGAGGUCCAAGGAAUUCGAGAAAAGUAAAUUAAAAGAUUUGCUAGAAGAGAGCGAUCUUAAAAGUGCAACAAACGAAGAUUUGAGGGGUCCUAGCGAUGAACAAGAUGUCAUAAUAGAGAACUUGCAUGUGUUACCAUCAAAUAAUUGGCUUGAAAGAAUUAGAAUGGUAAAGCUAUUUCAAAAACAUAUUGAGAUAGACAAAAUCAAGACUACUAAUUACUAUGAUUCAAAUUCUAAACUUCGUCGUGCAAUUGAGUUCUUGGUUAUUUCUCCUCUACUAUUCAAGCUUUCAAUCAAGGUAGCAGUGGACACCAAGGACGAAUCUUUGACUGAGAUAAUUAUCAACCAGAGGAUGUUUAAUAGUAUUGGAAUUCUUUCGUCUUCUUUCGCUACUGUGUUAUACAAGGAUUAUGUUCCUAAACUAAAAUUAAAUUUGAUAAUGUUCGGACUUAACUCAUUAUCUCAGUUGCUCCACGUAAGAGCGAAUUGCAUGCUUACUAUAAUUAAAACGUUUUCACAUCUUAUUGAAGGAGAGAGAUUCUCUGAGAUAAUUCUGUUUGAAAAUAUGAAUAACAAACUAAAAGUUAUGGCUCGAUUGAAGAGUCUAGAUCAGAUCGUAUUUACAUUUUCGAAAUCUUUGAAGACUUAUCGGAUUACUCUCUUUUGGGAUAUAGUACUUACCGAAGUCAAAAUAGCGGAGUGUGGAUCGAAAAUUACACUUACAAUAACAGAUGGCACCAAGUUUUUACCGGAGGCUGGCUCUCUAUUUUCAAAUUUACUUGAACAACACAGUGUCAUGGAUUCGUUAUGCAUGGUUUUAGGAAACAUAUUCCAAAAGGAACAUUAA